AUGUAUACGAAAUACAUGACGAACUCAAUGGGGUCGCUGCCAAUGAUGAUUGGCAAUGGAUCGGAGCCGCCUCCUACGUGCAUCAGCUUCGUUCUCGAUCACUUGUCGCGCAGCCCAAGCCUUGUCGCCUCCUUGUUGAUUGAACACGCAGAGUGCACCCCCCCCCAACGCAACCCAGCCAUCGAACAGCAGAAGAGCAUCACGCUUCGAAGUUUUCAAGAAGUUGAUGAAAACUUUUUAGUGCCACUGGUCAUGUCUGACCUGACUCGCCUCAACAUCAUGGAUCAGGUUCACUUGGCUGGAGAAGAUGAAGAUGAGUUAUAUUCAGGAUACAAUGAGUUCAACCCAAUAUUUGACACUCAGGACCUUGCAGAGGAUCCUAAUUUUCAGAAGGCUGUGCUGCGUACCAGCCAUGGUCGCCGUCCUCCUCCAACUGGUAUGACUCCUGGUACAGGCUUCAAUCGCCAACCAUUAGGAACUGCUGUUCGUGGCGGAAGAAAUGCUUUACCAUCUUCAUUUGGUCGUCCAAUUGGCACAGCAAUACAACCACAAGAUGGCUCCGCACGUCCAAUGACAGCAGUCAAAGGAGCAGGCUACACUUCUGCUGGAAACCGGGGUGCUAUGUUCGAUCCCGCUGACCAAGCAAUUAAGGGAAUUGGUCCAGGUUCUCCUAGAGAUAAAAAGUCAGAAGAUAAGCCUGAAGAAAAAAUUAAGGAGCUGGAAAAGAAAGCUAAUAGUUUAAUUGAAGAAAGUUGUUUUGCCACAAAUCGAGGUGACUUCCCAACAGCUCUGGAGAAAGCCAAGGAAGCUGAAAAGAAGGAGAAGGCUGUUGUUCGUCUUCGAAAACAGAUUUCCCAAGGGGAGCCCAUCAAUCUUGAUUUAACCUAUUCUGUCCUUUUCAAUCUGGCCAAUGUGUAUUUUGCUAAUGAGAUGUAUACAGAAGCAUUGAACACAUACAAUAUAAUUGUGAAGAACAAGCUAUUUAACAGUGCAGGCCGACUGAAAGUAAAUAUUGGCAACAUUUAUUUCAAACAGCAAAAUUAUCAGAAAGCCAUCAAAUUUUAUCGCAUGGCAUUGGAUCAAGUGCAAUUAUCACAUAAAGAGAUGAAAAUGAAAAUAAUGCAAAAUAUUGGAAUUGCCUUUGUCAAAAUGGGUAAAUAUGAAGAAGCAGUGUCAUCUUUUGAACAUAUCAUGAAUGAUUCUCCAAGUUUUAAAACUGGUUUUAAUUUGAUCCUCUGCUAUUUUGCACUGAAUGACCAGGAAAAGAUGAAAUGGGCAUUUGAACAAAUGCUUACAGUUGACAUGAAGUUUGAUGAUGAGGAUAAAUACCAAUCAAGUGACAAUAAAGAACACAAUCAAUUUAUAGAAGUAAUAAAGAAUGAUGCCCUGCGGCGUUUAGAAAGGGAAAAAAAAUAUGAAGCUGAAAAAUGUAUCAAAACUGCUGCCAAAAUCAUUUCUCCUCAUAUUGACAAUUCUUUUGCUUCUGGUUAUGAUUGGUGUGUAGAUGCAGUCAAGCGUUCCAAAUACAGUGAAUUAGCAAAUGAUCUGGAAAUUGACAAAGCCAUAAUGUAUUUAAAAAAGAAAGACUUCAGGCAGGCUGUUGAAACACUGAAGUCAUUUGAGAAGAAGGAUUCAAAAGUUGCUAGCAUUGCAGCUACAAAUUUGUCUUUUCUUUAUUUCUUGGAACGUGAUCUGCAACAAGCUGACAGAUAUGCUGACAUGGCAAUUACCUCUGACCGUUAUAAUCCUGCAGCUCUUGUCAAUAAAGGAAAUGUUCUUUACUCAAACAAAGAAUAUGAAAAAGCUCGAGAAUAUUACCAGGAAGCUCUUCAAAAUGAUUCAUCUUGUGUAGAGGCCUUGUAUAAUCUUGGUUUGAGUAACAAGAUGAUUGGCCGGUUUGAGGAAUCCUUAGAUUGCUAUUACAAACUGCACGCUAUUCUUCGUAGCAGCCCACAAGUGAUGUACCAAAUUGCUGACCUCUAUGAUCUACUGGAAGAAAAAGCACAAGCCAAAGAAUGGUUCAUGCAGUUAAUUGGUGUUGUGGCCACAGAUCCUGAUAUCUUAAGCCGACUUGGGCAAUUCUAUGACAAUGAUGGUGACAAGACAUUAGCUUUUCAAUACUAUUAUGAUUCUUAUCGUUACUUUCCAUCCAACAUUCCUGUAAUUGAGUGGCUCGGGGUUUACUACAUUGAAUCACAAUUUCCAGAGAAAGCAGUGCAUUAUUUUGAACGAGCAGCCAUUGUACAACCUAAUGUGAGUAAAUGGCAGCUGAUGGUAGCAAGUUGUUAUCGACGCAGUGGCAAUUAUCAGCAAGCUUUGGAAACAUACAAGAAAGUCCAGCAAAGAUUUCCAGAAAAUAUUGAAUGUCUCAAGUUCUUGGCCAAGAUCUGUGCAGAUUUAGGUUUGAAAGAAGCACAAGAAUAUGCCACAAAAUUAAAGAAAGCUGAGAAAGCCAAAGAACUCAGAGAACAGAGAGUUAACAGUGGCUCCCGCAGGGGCAGUGGACGUCAUCAUGAAAGUCGAGAUGGAAGUGCAGGCAGUGAUCGAGCCAGCAGUGGUAACAGUAGCCGGAAGUCAAGUGGGAGAGCAGGCCAGAGAAUGUCUGAAAGAAUGGGAAGUGGUCAUCGGUCAGGUUAUGAUCUGCAAGAAGAAGAAAAUGCACUUAAAACAAAAGAAAUUGAUGCCUCUUAUUCUGAUCCCUUAGGACCUCAGCUUGAGCGUCCCAAAACAGCUGCUCGAAAGAAAGAAGAUGAUGAUUUUGCAGAUGAGGAUCUGGUUGAUAUGUUGCCAAUUCAGGAGAUACUAAAGUCUUUGCUAGGAGAAAGGGACCCCCCUCCCCAUUUUCUCAUGCUCUACUUCCUCUUUUUAUUCUUUUCUUUCUCCUGCACAAUUCUCUCUCUUUCUCAACCAUAUACUUGUUAUCCUUCCUCACUUUUUCUCUUUCUCAUCUACUCCCCCUUUCUUUCUACUUUAUGUACACUUCUCAUCUAUCACUCUUUCUUUUUCUCUCAUGCAAUUAACUAUUUUGUCUCACUUUCCUACUCUUCCUUCCUCCCACUCUACAUCCAGCAGCAAGGCCUCUGA